AUUAAUAGACUAGUACGCCAUAAAGUACAGUCAGCCUACGUUCGAUAGUGCCUACUGUCUAGUAGUAUUUUCUCAGCUUCACUCGCAAAGUUGCAUCUCAAUUUUUCUGCUGUUGAAACGCAUGAUGGAAGGUUGAUUAUUCGUUGUUACGCCAAUAACUUAUUUAAAUAGUUCGAAUUUUAUUCUUGAUUUUGUACCAAUUUCAGGCCAUUGUUACGAUGUCUGUGGCUGGCCCAAGCUCAAGUGGAAGCUCAGAAAAAAUUAUGGAGUUCAAGGAUCGGUUGGCUAUACUACGAGCCAAAAGAACUGAAGCCAAGGCUCUGAAUAAGUCUGAAGUGCUGGAAGAAGAUCGUAUCAAAAACUUGCCCAAGAACCACACAUUGAAGCAGCAGCGGCUUCAGAAGGAGCUGGAAGAGGAACAGCUAAAGCAGCGCAUGAAGGAGGAGGGUGCCGACUAUGACCGUGAACGACUACUAACCGUUGGGGCUGAUGACGCAGAGCGCUGGGAACGCAAGAAGCGCAAGAAGAAUCCUGACGUGGGCUUUUCAUCGUAUGAAGAUGCCACGUUUCGUCAGUAUAACCGCUUAAGUAAGGGCAUUAAGAUGGACAAUGACAGAUAUGAGAGGGAGAAGCAGGUUAUGGGUGAAGAGGCGUUCUAUGCUUCCAGAGGAACCAUUAAUAUUGGACUACAUAAAGAUACUCCUGAUGAUAUUGAAAACAUGGUACAGGACUUGGAGAAACAAGUGGCCAAGAGAGAUAAGUAUUCCAGAAGGAGGAUGUACGAUGACGAUAACGAUAUCAACUAUAUCAACGAAAGAAACAUGAAGUUCAACAAGAAACUUGAGCGCUUUUAUGGUGCUUAUACCGAAGAAAUCAAGCAAAAUCUGGAACGUGGAACUGCCGUGUAAGGACAUCUUUAAUUUUAUGUUUUAUUGUUUCGUUCCGUGCUAAAGCUGUCUAUAGUUCAUCAUGUACUGAAAGUAAAAUAAUUUUAUUUAAUGAAAGGACAAUCGAUUACAUCAGGCCUCUACCUUACAUUUUUUCUUAUUCAAAUUUUCGUGUUCUUCAAACGUCUUCAUUCGUUGUGUUUGUUUUCCCCACUAAUGUCAUGGGGCAAUGGACGUACUCGGUCCUAUUUAACAACAAAGACAAACGAUAUCAAUUGCUUUGAAUAAGACGACCAGUUAGUUGGUAUCAUCAUUCACCAAUUGCUAUUUUUAUGCUCCCCUUCAUGUAUGUAUAAAAUAAUAUGAGAAUUGGAGAACUUUUACGAAAUAUAUUCUGUUCGCGCAUUUUAUCGUAAAGGCGUCGUCAAGUUUGCUGAGUAUAUUGCAUCGGUGAAGCUGGAUUCAUAAUUUUGCCUGAAAAACUCAAUCGUCUACUAUGCUUAUUUUUCCUCCUUGUAUUAUGAAGUGUCAUGUUAAUCUGAUCCAACACAAUGACGUUUUUAUAUGAUGACAUCGAAACGCGAAGAAGAUUGAAUUGUUGAUCCUGGGAGGCUGGGACCAAGAAAUAAAACUGAUUAUUCGUGUUAUGUUUCUUCAAACUGAACUUUCUAAUCUCGCCAGUUGAACUAAAAUUUGCAAUUACUGAAGUAUUCGUGUGUACUUUUGCCAAUACUAAGCAAAGAAGAAAUAUCUAAAUCUUCAGAUGCUUGUGGAAGGGAAACAACUUGAUCGCACUUGAUAAUUUUAAUACUAACCUCAACAAUGACAGAGAUCAAAUUUAAUAACAUUUUACGAGUGCUUUCGCGCUCAUAUCAAUAGUGAGCACUCAAUGUUUUCUUUUUAUCAAUUCUGCUACGUCCUGUAAAUUUCCACAGCAGUUCUUGUCCACUCUCAGACCAGGUGCACCUGGCACCUGGUCUGGUGCUGUUCUACCAAAAAAUUCGCGUAAGUACACGUAGUAGUCGAUUUCUCGUCUGUGAUUGGUGGGAUUAACUUGAAAAGCCAUCAGUGAUUGGUGGUACGGCUCAUGAUUAUGCAGAUGCAACCUUCCGGCUGUAGUACUUACACGUUUGACAAUUGAAGAAGCGUAGGAAGAGCUACAGAGAGACAUUAAACAACAUUGAACUAUUAGCAAAUGAAAUAGGAAUAUAGCGAAAUAUUACCUGUAUUAUGGAGACGUACACCCUCAAUGAGUUUAAUCGCCUUGGCAUUAUACUAAUUCUAAUUGAUGCGCAUAUGUUCAUGCUUUGUAAACUCUACAUUUUGUCUUUUUUAGCAUUAGUGGAACUAUUACUAUUGGUUCCUCAACA